AUGACUGAUUUAGGAGGCAUCCAUGCCUUCUUCUCAGGAGCGAGACGCAAGACAUUGCGGUCCCGCUCUUCCUGCGACGUGCCGACAGAAGUACUGGCACCUCGCUGUGAAGUGGUGUCCAUAGGAGAACCGACACCACUGUUAGCGCCCGAGUCUCACGACCUCGAGCGCCUUCGCUUCGGCGAUGGUUCAUCUGAUUCAUCGGAUGAACCAAAGAUGCUGCGACGCAAAGCAUCGUCCAUGCCACGCUUGGCAGGCGGCUUGGAUUCGAUCGCCGUCGAUACGGAUCAGUCGUCCGUAUCAGGAGAGUAUGAGACACCGAGCUCAUACUCUGUGAAGACAUGA